AUGGGUCAGUCAUUGUCCAAUCUACGUCGACGCCGCAGCGCUCGCACUCUCCAGGGCCUGGCCGCUCGUCCGACCCCGAGCAGCCCCCCAAAUCUCUCCCGUGAGACCCUCACGAAUGCGCUACAAAAUGUUGCAGCAUACAUUGCCUCCAAGGAUCAAGGUAUUACUCUCAUUGUCGUUGGUGGCACCAUCAAUACAAUGUUAUUACGGAGUCGCCCUAAUACCCACGAUGUGGACUUUUUUAACGACAAUCUUACACCUGCUGAGAUCAAGUGCCUCUCGAAGGCAACCAAGUCAGCAUUCAAGAAAAACCGCACGCUCGGGCAAGAAUGGCUCAACAAUCAUACCGUUCUAUUCAUUCCUCUCCAUAUACGGCGCAUUCUCACGAUGGAGGCUCUUGACCAGCAUGCAAUUGUUUUUCAAGCUUCGGGGCUCACUAUUUUGGCCGCCCCUUGA